AUGAAAUGCUUGGGCUUUAAUCAAUUAUUCUGUAAGUUGAUUCUCUGCUGUAUUUCUUCAGUCAACUUUCAACUUUUGCUCAAUGGUGGAUUAACUAAGUCCUUUGCUCCUAAGAGAGGCCUUAGACAGGGCGAUCCACUUUCGCCCUACCUAUUCAUAAUAGGUGCGGAAGUGCUCACUAGAAUUCUUUUGAGGGAAGAAGGCAAUGGCAGUUUGUGUGGUUUUUCUUUCUCUCGGGAAGGUCCUUCUAUUUCCCAUUUGAUGUAUGCUGAUGACCUUCUCAUUUUCCUUAAGGCUGAUCAAGGUAAUCGUGAGACAAUCACCCAUUCUCUUGAUAAAUACUGUCGUUGGUCAAGGCAAAGAAUUAAUGUGGCCAAAUCCAAGGUUUUCUUCUCGAAGAACUGCCCUGACAGAUGCCGUGAGGAAUUCCUUCAGGAGCUGGGUUUUGAAGAGAUGUUGGGGGAGGAAAAAUUUCUGGGUAACCCAAUCAUUUUUAAUGGAAGGCGAAGCUCUGAUUUUCAUUUUGCUAUUGACAAGAUAAGCUCUCGGCUGGAAGGUUGGAGGGCUAAUAUGCUUUCACAAGCUGGGCGGAUGACUCUAAUUAAAAGUGUUCUUGCUUCUAUUCCUAUCUAUACAAUGUCAACUUUCUUACUCCCCAAAAAGACUACUGAUAGCAUUGAUGCCAUUAUAAGAAAGUUUUGGUGGACUGGCCAUUGUAAAAAGGGAAGAUAUUUAUCUUUGAAGGCCUGGGAUAGCCUCUGUAAACCUAAGUCAUGUGGCGGAUUGGGCUUUAGACGAGCCAAGGACAUCAAUUUCUGUUUGCUCGUUAAAUUAGGUUGGCUCCUAGCCUCUGGCUCUAUGUCUCUUUGGACUGAGGUCAUUAAUACAAAAUAUUGCAAUGGUGCUGGCUUCCUUUCUACUUCUCUUCCCUCUAAAGCCUCUCCCGUGGCAAGAGGCAUUUGGGCCACUAGGGACUUCAUAGCUGAUAAUAGCAUCUGGAUUGGUGGCCAAAACUCCUCCAUUGAUUACUGGUGCCAACAAUGGAUCUGUGGAGAGGGUACUAUUAUCCACAAAGGUCUCAUCAAUCCGUUGACAACGAACUCGGCCUCGGUUAAUGACUUGGUUGAUAGUGAUAACUCGGGAUGGAACGAGCGAAUGAUUGAUAAUGUCUUUCUUCCUGUUGUGGCUUCGAUAAUUAAAUCCUCGGACAGAAAUUCUCUCCCGUCCAUGGACGUGGCCUGUUGGAAAUCUACUAAGGACGGGAGUUUCUCUUUGAAGGCGGCGUACUGGGACUUAAACAAGAUAAGAUUCGCUGAUAAGGAUGAUAUAUGUGGAAAGAUUUGGCUUGCUAAAAUUCAUGAUCGUUUCAAGGUGUUUUUAUGGAAGCUUUGCCAAGAUGCCUUGCCUUUCGGAUCAAAAUUGCAGAGUAUUUUUGGAAAGCCUCCUGGUGCUUGUUUUCUCUGUGGCAAUGAAGGCGGGGAUGUCAUAGAUCACUUUGUUGCUGGUUGUUCUGUCACGAAACGGUUAUGGUUUUCAUCUCGAUGGGGCCUUCGGGCUGAAGCUCUCUCAUUUGACAAUGGGAGAGAGUUGGUUGCUUGGCUUUCUCAGCCUCCUUUUCAUCAUCUUCUCCAUUCGCAGGAAUUGUCCAGCUUUUUUCUUUAUGGUGCAGUUUUGUACCAUAAAUUGUGGCUUAGCCGGAAUGAUGCUUUUCAUAACGGGGUGCCUGUGGAUAUUAAGAUUUUGCAAAAGAUUAUUGAGAGCUGUUUUGCUGAGCACGACAGGGUUCGGAUUGAGAAAGGAGUUAGACCGAAGCUGUGUCAUGGUGUGGCGGAAACCAGAUGGGGUCUCCCGAGGCCUGGAAGAGUGAGAGGAUUUGUGGAUUUCGCAACGGACAGGGAGGUUGGGGCAGUUGCCGUGGUCCUGUUUGAUGCCUCUGGAUCGGUUAUGGCUUUUGGUGCAAAGAAAGUAAUGGUUCAUGAUGUCGUUCAAGGGGAAUUGGAGGCCUUGAUUUUUGGAGUUUCUAUGGCUAUUAAUCUGCAGAUAGAAGGGGGGGUGGAUUUUCACACAGAUAACUCUUUGUUGGUCAAGGGUCUGAUGGACAAAACAUCCCCGUCUUGGAGGUCUCACUUCUCUUUUGCCAAACUCUAUGAUCUGUUACUUUGCUUUGAUUGUUCGGUUAGCUGGAUUUCUCGUGUUUUAAAUAAUGCUGCGCAUACUCUUGCUCGAUGGGGCCUGUCCCAUUCUUGUAACGGUUUAUUGCGUUUUUGGGAGGUGAGUCCCCAUGUGCUCACCAAACUUUGUGUUUUAGCUUAA